AUGAAACACUACCCUGAAUUUGCUGUGAACAACACGCACGGAAUCAAAGCUGUCAAUGACACGGUUUAUAGCUUCAUGAAAUUCGCCAAUGAAAUGGCUCUAGGCUGCCGAGACCAGAGAACCAGAUACAAGCUCCUGAACCGGACAUCAGUCACUGACUACGCCCUGUGUUCCGAAGCAUUAUACGUAUGCCGCGAUACCGUUGAAGGACCAUACUACUACCUCGGCAACCGAGCCCAAUACGACAUCCGACACCCAACUGAAGACCCAGCCCUCCCAAAUUACUGGCCGAAAUACCUGACGAAAGAAAAGAUCCAAAACGCCAUCGGCGUCGACCUAAACUACACAAGCACCAGCCCCGCAAUCCAAUACGCCUUCCAACAGAAUGGCGAAGCCGUCUGGCCGAAUUUCCUCGAAGACCUCGAAGCAAUGCUGGCGCGACCUGUGCGCGUGGCCCUGAUCUACGGCGACGCCGACUACACGUGCAACUGGUUCGGCGGGGAGGAUAUCUCUCUCAACACGAAAUACAAGCAUUCCAAGGAGUUUAGAAGCGCGGGGUAUGCGUCGUUCCUGGUGGAUGGCGUUGAGCAUGGCGUUACGCGGGAGUAUGGCAAUUUCUCGUUUACGAGGGUUUAUGGGGCUGGCCAUGAGGUGCCGUUUUAUCAGCCCAAGGCUGCGUUGCAGAUUUUUAAUAGCACGCUUAAUGGCUGGGAGAUUCCUGGUGGGAGGGUGAGACUUACCGCGAAGUCGAGGUCGAGGGGCCCGGCUAGGGCUAGUCAUUCACAGUCGUCAGUUCCGUUACCUAGUGCGACUUCCUCGGCGUCGGGGGGUGCCGUGAAGCGGCGGUCCUUUUUU